GUCCGAAGGCCAUACUAGCCGUGAGUGACGUCUUCUGCGUGUAGGGCGCAUGCCGCGAAAUGGGGAAGAUCAAAUACCGUUUCACCCUCUCAUGAGCUCACUUCCGCAGCUGUGUGUUGCCUUCCCUUUCCACACGUAAACCAGGGACAAACAAGCCCGUGAGUAAGCAUCGCGCAAUUGCACAAUCGCGCAAUCAGCGCAAUCAGCGGGGGUCGGAGGCUUCUAGAUACUCCCCGGCACGGGCAUCAAUCCUAGAAGACGGGCGUUCCCUGAUCGCGGCUCCUCGUCGCGGAUUCCUUUAUCACGGCGCCUCCUCUCCUCUUCAACCAAAUCUCGGAUCAUAUCAUUUCUAUCAUUCCUAUCAUUCGUUAUUUGUUUUUCCGCCACGAUGGGCGGAAUCGUGUCCCGCCUCCGCGGCCUCCGCCUGCCGUCCGAUCCGUUCAACCUCGCGCCGGGCAUGGACGCCAUUCUCCUAGACGAGUCCGACGCGUUCCUCGCCGCCGCCACGCUCACCUACUACCACUUCGCGCUCCCGCCGCACCAUCUCGACGCGCCGCCAAACGCGCACCCGCCGCAUGCGCGCUCCCCCUCGCCCUCGGCCCGAGCGGGGGCAAGCUCCGGGGAGACAGGGGGAGGUGCCCCGGGGGGAGGUGCUUCUGGGGAAGGCGGAGGCAGGGACCGGGGGAGCGGAUCGAGGGGUGGGAGCGGGGGAGGGGGCGGCGGCAUGGUGUGGCGGUUUCAGCUGGUGGACGCUGUGCAGUGGCUGCACCAGCACGUCAGAGAUGCCGCCGCUGCUGGCGACAUCCCCGAGGACGACCCGCUCCUCCCCUUCCUGCGCCGCUUCCUCCCGCGCUCCCCCCCUUCGCGCAUCGACAUCAACCUCGCCUUCUCUCUCCUCUCGGCCUCCCAGCGUCAGGCAGCCUCCACCCGGGGGCUCUCCCUGCGCCUCUUCCACACGGUGGCGGCGCACUCCCUGCGCUGCGCUGCGCUGCGCCGCCUGCACACUCGCCUACUGCUGCUCGUGCCCUGUGCCGCCACCUGCUCUGCGCUCGCUUCCCUCGCGCUCUUCGGCGCGCUCGGCAUCACCCGUGGCAGGCUGGAGAGGCCGGAAAAGCCGCUGUGCAUUAGUCACGGUGCGGGAACUCAAAGCAGGGCUGUUGGGGGCAUUGCUGGCACCGGCGGCAAUCCCAAGGGCAGUGCGAAUGGGGGUACUAGCAGUAGUAGCUUGCCUGGUGUUGGAACCGUGCAGGGGGAUGGAGGAGGGAGGGGGUGGAGAUGGUCUGGAUUGUGGUUGCUGCAGCCAAACCCACGGCCACGUCCUUCUACCGACGCAGCAACAACAGAAACAGCAGCAGCCGCAGCAGCCAAGGCACAGCACCGGACCUACCAUACUUCUGCCCCCUCUUUGAAUUCUGCUCCUCCUGCGAUUCUAGAAAUUUCAGAUACUGCUAGGGUAGCCUUAGCCGGAGGAAGGGGUGUGGAGGCGGGGGAAGCGCUUCCUAGAAGGGUUGUGGUGAUACCGUCUCUGCUGCUUGGAGCAGCCAUAGGUGCUGCCCUGGCCUUGCACUUGUAGGGAGAUGGGUGUUUUCUUGUCAGACGAGCAUGGGUAUAAUGAAGCAUUCACAUCACA